GUACAAUCACUGUAUAACCCUCUUGGGCAAUGGUAUCUAAAAUGUUCUGUCAUUCACUCACUCACUCCUUAUGCACCUCACCCUGAAGAAAAAUGUCUGGCUGGUGUUUUGCCGAUUCAUCAAGACAGUCUGUAAGUUUCAAACCGCCAUGAAGGAUCCUCGCACGAGGACUGAGUUUGAGCUGUACCUGAGAAUGAGCUACCGCCACUUCUCCGAAUCAUGUGACUCCCGUGCCCCUCCUAAAGACGAGGGGGAUACCUCCCACAUGAAGAGUCGGGUCAUUAACGGUAAAGUCAUCAUCAUUGACUUCCUCAUCAAUGACCUAUCUUUUUACCUGGAGAGUGAGAGGUUCAGGAACCUGGCAGAUUCAGGCACAGUGAUGGCAUCUGCAGGGAUGUAUGGAGAGAAUGACCAUGCUAUGCUACAGCAGAAGGCUGACAUGAUCAUUAAGAUUUUCCUCAAGUCAGAGAUCUCUCCCAAACUUAGGAUAAACAUAGCUGAGACCCAGAGGGAUGCCAUCCUGCAGCAGUGCUCCACUGGGAAAGUAGACAGAGGACUGUUCCACCAGGCUAUCGUAACCAUCUUCCCCAACCUUGUCUUCUGCUGGAAAAAGUUCUGUAAUCAGAAGUUGACAAAGAACCUGGAUGGAGUCCAGGCUACUAAGAAGCAGGAGGUCUCCUCCACCCCAGACUACAUGGGCCCGCUGCUCAUAGACAACGACUGGUACCGCAAGGUCAAAACCAUCAUGUCCAUAACAGAGGACCACACCACUCUGAGGUUUACAGUCCACCAUGGACUCAAACUGAUCCUGCCUCAAGCCAUACUGGAUCUGAAGCGGUCACACAAUAAUAUGCCACUGCCACACAAGGCCCCCAGUCCCCAGAGAUCUGUGCCAUCCUACAGCGGGCCACACGCUGACCACCCAGUGUUGGACGCACAUCACAAACCCCAGUGACACAGUUUCCACCCACCACCAGCAGAGAGCAGCAUAGGCCAAGACGGAUCCUCUUUCUGAUCAGCGAGGACGACUGGAG